CUGGGUGCUCCCAUGUGAUGUGUAGCCUAAGUCUUGGUCUCUGUUAUGCCAUAAUCUCUGGCCAAUCCUUCUUUCCGGCCUCCCAGUCUAUAAGGGCAGCAGUGUGUUGUACCCUCAGUAACAGAUUCCUAAGAUGGUGGGGACAUUCUUUCUGCUCUGUAUCGGAUCCUGUCUCCUGCUGCUGGUUGUGCUGAGGCCUCGGAGGCCCAGGAACUUCCCGCCGGGACCACCGCCCGUUCCUAUAUUUGGGAAUGUUCUGCAGCUGAGCAUGAAGAAUCCUAUGGCUGGCUUGGAUAAGCUGUCCGGAGAGUAUGGUGAGGUGUACAGCCUGUUCCUGGGCUGGAGGCCUGCCGUGGUGCUCCAUGGUCUACAGGCGGUACGGGAGGCACUGGUGACUAAAUCCGUGGACUUCGCUGGACGACCACAGGGCAUGAUGGUCAACCACGUUACAGAGGACAAAGGUCUGAUCAUGGGUAACUACGGGGCGGUGUGGAAGGAGCACCGGCGCUUUGCUCUGACCACCAUGAAGAACUUUGUUCUGGGGAAGAGAUCCAUGGAGGAGAGGAUCCUGGAGGAGACGGAUCACGUCUGCACUCGGCUGGGAGAGAAUGCAGGUAAAUCCUUGGACCCUGUGACUCUGGUCCACAGCGCUGCGUCCAACAUCAUCUGCUCGGUUCUGUUUGGUCAUCGCUAUGACUACCAGGACCCGGUCCUCUCCUUCGUCAUCAACAGCUUCAAGGAGAAUGCUCAGAUUGCUAACGGGCCCUGGGCUGCUGUCUAUGACAGCUUCCCGCUGCUGCGGCGGCUGCCCCUCCCCUUCCAGAGAGUGUUUGACAACUACAGAGCUCUGAAGAAACACACCGUGGAACUAGUGGAGCAGCACAAACGCACACGUGCCUUGGGGGAGCCGCGAGACGUCGUAGACUGCUAUCUGGAUGAGAUGGACAAGAGAGGUCCAGAGGGGUGUGCGCUGGAAGAGGGGAGGUUGGUGAUGUUACUACUGGACCUCCAUUUCGCUGGGACUGACACUAGCUCCAAUUCCAUACUCACGGCGCUGCUCUACCUAGCUACACACACACACAUACAGGCCCAAUGUCAGACAGAGAUUGACAGUGUUCUGGGGGGGAAGGAGAGAGUGUCGUUUGAGGACAGACACAGGAUGCCCUAUGUGAUGGCCACUAUCCAUGAGACCCAGCGUCUAGCCAACAUCGCACCGCUAGGGGUGUUUCAUGCUACCAUCAGACCCACCAAGCUCAUGGGCUAUGACAUACCAGAGGGGACUCUGGUUAUCACCAACCUCACCUCUGUGCUCUUUGAGAGCAGCCAAUGGGAGCGUCCAAAUGACUUUAACCCGGCCCACUUCCUGAAUGAUGACGGGCAGUUUGUGAAACCAGAAGCCUUUCUGGUGUUCUCGGCAGGUCCUCGUGUGUGUCUCGGGGAGCUGCUGGCACGUAUGGAACUCUUCCUCAUCCUGGUCACUCUGCUGCAGCGAUUCCACUUCCUGUGGCCAGAGGAUGCUGGGAACCCUGACCUUUCACCUGUGUUUGGGGGGAUCCAGUCACCCAAACCCUACAGGGUAUCAGUCAGACUGAGAGGAAACCAGGGAGCCUGAUGGAACCAGUUGGAGCCAGUGUUACUUUUAAAUAUGUCCCCACAUCAUUAUGGAGUAUGGAGGGGCUCCCGAGUUGCGCAGCGGUCUAAGGCACUGCAUCUCACAACCGGCCAUGAUUGGGAGUCCCAUAGGGCGGUGCACAAUUGGCCCAGUGUCGUCCGGGUUAGGUUUAAUAAUGUAAAGCAUUGUGAUAUUUUUUUAUUGUGUUUGGCAGCAGUUCCAUCAUAAAAUCUGUUUGGUUCAUGUUUAAGUCAUGUUUUCAUAUUUUUUUUUAUAGCAAAUGGCAUGUGAUCCUCUGCCAUGCGUCAUUUAUCCCUGUAAAGCUGUCUCAGGUUUAUCCUGUACCUCAUUUCAAUGCUUGCACAGCUCUCCUGAAUCAGCGGACUUUAAAACGAGUAAUACGUUAUAUAGCCUUGUGCGUGUGUUGGGGGGGGCAGGCGUGAGUUUUAUAUAGGCUUUUCAAGAGGGGCAAUGCCCGGUCAAUUAGGCAGCCAAUGUACCGUGGCGCGGGAGAGAAUGCUGUAGCACUGCAGAACCUAGUCCACUGCAAGACCUAGUCUCUCCUCUGUCAUGGCCAUGAACAACCUCAAGAGGGCUACAGUGAGAUCACUGAAUCACACACACACACACACACACACAAACAAACCCUGUAGCAAGGACACUCUUUAUUAAGACAGAAUCAGUGAAUGAGUAACCUCAGCAGGGGGUCAGGAGGGUCAGUUAGAAUAUUUCCUCUUCCUCAUAUUAUUCUAAUCUCUAUUCUAAUGAAUUAGAACAUUCUAGAAUAGGACUGUGUAUUUGAUUUGUGGACUAUUGUAUUCAGAUUGUAUGGAACAGAAUAAUGCUUGCAGCUGAUUUGCUCAGAGGGAAAUAACGAAUAGGACUAUAAAUAGAAGGCUAGUAAAUAGGAAGACACUGCCUCAUAUGGUAUUGUGGAUAAAACACCUGGGCAUGCACAGUUAACCUGGUAGGUUUAACCUGAUAGGUUAAUCAAGGGAUUAUCAUUAGAGAUUCACCUGAUAGGUUAAUCAAGGGAUUAUCAUUAGAGAUUCACCUGAUAGGUUAAUCAAUGGAUUAUCA